UGAAAAUCAAACAGAAGGCUAUAACUCGGCCCCGGUAAAAUUCCUCAAAACGAUCCACUGUGCACCACCCAUCGCGUAACAAGAACAAAUAAUAGAAAACUCGCAAAAAGAGAGAGACUGCUGCACUCUCCUAUCUGCAGAAAACAAAAACAUUUCUCCGAUGUGUAUAGCAGCACACACACGCAUUGUAGAGUAACCGGAGCCGAGCCCGCGCGGAUAUUCGCGCGAGAUGUAAAAUGGACCGAGUAGGCUGACGGGUGUGCUAGUGUUGGUAUAGCAGUACCUAGCCGUAGAAACAGCAGCAGCAGCAGCGGUGGCGGCAGUCGCGAGCGAGCGCCGCUCUCUCAAAGGUGGGGAUCUAGAUUAAAAGCAAACGGGGCCAACGUCUCCGGCGCCAGAGCCAUCUCGGACCUUGAACAGUCGAGGUCAAGUUCUCCAAGAGUGCCGCUCUCUCUCUCUCUCCCUCGUUUCGCGAUUUCUCACUCGCCACCCUCGCGCGCACGCCGCUGUUGUUCCGCGCGCGCGAACCGUGAGGAGCCGAGGAAACUGCUGCUGCUGCUGCUGCUGACACUGUCCUUUGCGUUUAUGUAACGACUGCGAGCGCGCGGGACAAGCUUUGGAUUCACGGUCAGGAGCCAGUUGACGACCAUGCUGCCGAAGGGAGCAGUGUGCUUGCCGCUGCUGGUCCUGUCGAUCCUCGCCGUCGCCUCGGCCCAGAUCAACACCGGCUCGGCCUCGUCGCGCUUCUAUCUGCGCAAGGACCGCCCGCCCGGCGAAAAUCGUCGCUCCUUCGACGUCGCCGGUGCCACUUCGGCCCUGAGACGCGAAGCGAGCUUCGAUCCCGACGUCCUCAACCGCUUCCUCGAGGAGUACGCCAGUAAGAUCAAGAGGACGACCGAGAGAUCACCGCCUUACGAUGGAGAGGGCGACGAGGUCAAGACUCAGGGCCAGGGACUGGAUAUGCCGCAGACCGGCGACAUGCACGAGAGGAAUGCUACCGGACAGGAUGGAUUCCGCGAUGAAACGGUGACGCUGAACGACACGACAAAACGGCACAAGUUCUACAAUGCUAACUCGCACGAAGACCGCAACAGCGGGUGGGUGACUUUGGAGGCGAUACCUUGGUCCAAGAGCAAAAUUUCCAAAUGGCAAGCCAAUCCAACGACUCAGGGACCCUGGCCGGACUCGAAACCCUGGGAUAAGCCCAGCUACAACAAACCGCCCUGGAACUCUGACUUUCCAAGACCAUCGUCGUCUUACGAGAGUAGCAGUAGCAGCAAGCCUUGGCAAAACAAGAAGCCGCACUGGCAAGACAACUCACCUGCGUCAUCCAACAAGCCUUGGUACUCGCAGGACCGUCCUCGUCCAGGUCAGCAGCAAUCGGAUCGACCGUCGUACCCGCCGGCGAUCGACAAGUACGAGGAAAAUCCAAGCCAGGCUCAGAAGUGGCCCCCAGAGCGUCCUUCCUGGGACCGCUACGGAGACUCCUCUCGCCCGUCUUCCGAUAUCAUCACCGACGACGCACCUCCCAACUUCCCCAGCAGCUCCUGGGACAGACCUGGACAGCGACCGAGUUACACUCACCACACGGAGAGCUACGUGAGCGAGCCAUCUGGCUGGCACGACCGCAACGACUUCCCGAGUCACAGCAACAAGUUCAGCAACAACAACAACAGACCCUCCAACGACGGCUAUUACGACAGACCUCACUUCUCGCAGUACCAGUAUCCCUCGAGCAACGAGCAUCCGUCUAACCAUCCGUCUAGCGGUGAUGGGCAGUGGGUCCUACUGUCGACUAAUCGGGGCUACUCCAAAUCUAGGCAGAGAUCCAUCAAAUUGGAUGCUCUUGUCAGCACUAACACUGCUAACGGGGCGAAGAGCAAAAAACAGGCGACACUGGGUAGUACAGGGGAGGAGGAAGAACACGUGCCCGCCGUGACCUCGAAAAGGCAGGUCCGACUAACCGUGCUCCCCUCGAUAAACGGCACGAACACCACGACAUCCCACGGAGGCUUGCUCGAGGUCGAGCGCACCUUCAAGACAGUCGAUCAGAGCCAGAAAGAAUACGAGAUGGAAAAAUCCAGCAGCAAUAAAGCCCCUACGAACGUUUCACCCCUGACCUCCGGUGUCAUGAUUAACCGUCGACCGAUUCGAAACACCAUCACCGGAAGUGGUGGUGCCUCGAGUUCGGCUGUGUUGGCAGCCGUUGGUGCCGGUAUGUUACCAGCAACCAUGGCUAUGAUGAUACCCAUGAUGCUGGGAAGGAGGAAGAGGAACGUGGCAGAGCAGCGAGACGAGGCGGACGUGUCGUUCCUCAGGUUGCCUAAGGAGGUCUUUGAAAAAAAACAGAGGCGGAGAAUUUGAUGGGCUACAAGAUGUCAAUGAUCUGAGAAGAAUGUUUUUGAAAUUCGACAAAUCCAGGAAGAGGUAAUGAGAUGGUUAAGUCUUGCGUUAAGAAUUGAAAAUUGAAUAUUCUUCCUAUAGUUUUCAAAUACAUAAAGUAUUACACGUAGAUUUAUUUAGACGAACUGCAUGAAAGCUCUAGAAAGAUUACUUAUUUCUUUAAAAUUCUUUAAAAACAGUCAUCGCUGCUUUUAUCCUUAUAAGGUAUCAAAAUCUCGAAUGCCGAUAGAACAGUUAUGUGCUUGGUAAAGAAAUUCACGGUUGAUAAAGCAGGUACCUACCCGAUAAAUUAGUUUGAUGAUCUAUUAGAGCAAUCAAUUAUUAUUAUUUGUUAUAGCCGCAAAAGCUGUUUUAAUUUUUGGCUUAAAAAUAACUCAAACUAAUUUUUAGGUAAAAGAAUCGGCCGAAACGGCGAAAAUGAUUGUAAAUGUGAAUGAAAAUUGUGAUCUAAAGUAUUUCAUUAUACACCAUGACAAUAUUAAGACUCUCUGAAAAAUUACUAAUAAGAGAUGCAGCUAUUUAUACUCAUUUAUUGCUAGAUAAUAGACUAUUAUUUUACGAAAAAUAUUUAAGCUGGAAUGAUAGAUAUGAUAUAUUAUUGAUUAAUUUGUCGACGCGCCAUAAAUGGUAUUGUGUUCAGAUUAAAAUAGUACAGUUCCAUCGUUUUGAAUCGUUAUCAUUUCAAUUCAAGUUUCAACAGUUCAAUUUAUCAUAGAAAGAUGAAUCUGCUUAGCUUAUAUGGGAAAAAUUAUAUGUUGCAUUCAACCUUUUAGAGAUCUUAAUAUCUGCUUAUGUUCUUUGAAAUCGUAACUUAAUCGACAACUUGUAAAUAGUACAAAAAGGCGAAAUUGUCCAGCAGCGUCCAAAGCUUAAGUGUUAAUAUUUUAAUCAAUUAGCUCUCAUUGUUUUGUACAAUUUUUUUUUACUUGUUCUUUUUAUACUCUUUAUUGAUACAUUUAAUUAUCCAGUUCACAACACAUAUUGUUUUAUUUAUCA